AUGGAGCAGCAUGAAUUGGGAGAACGGGUGAAAGGUUUUGCCGCAGGCACUGUAUCUGGCCUCACCAAGCUCGCAGUGGGCCACCCUUUUGAUACAGUGAAAGUGCGCCUGCAAUGCUCGCCGCCCGGCACGUACAAAGGCAUGCUGGACUGUAUACGGUCCAUUUUGCACAAGGAAGGCGUCCUUGGCGUGUACAAAGGAUGCGUGCCGCCAGCGAUAGGCUGGAUGUUUACGGAUUCUAUCAUGCUUGGCUCCAUGCACACGUACUGCCGCAUUAUUGGCCAGCACUUCCUCCAUCUUGACAUGGACAAGAACCCUGCGCUGCCCGCACGCUACCAGAACAUUGCAGGCAUCGGCGCGGGAUGGACGACCGCCGCACUGACCACGCCGAUAGAGCUGCUCAAGACCAAGCUACAGAUGCAGCGCCAACGUGUACAGCUCUCUGGCACAAGCGCUCAAGCACGGCCGGAAUUCCAGGGGACAUGGGAUUGCAUCCGCCAAGUGUACAGAACCACGGGCGUGCGCGGAUUCUGGCAGCCGUUUCCCGCCGUGCUUUGGUUCAGGACCAGUUUCGGCCCCUUGUUUGUCUCGUACGAGUACUUUCAAGUGCAUCUGGGCGCGCUAGCAGCCUCUACACAGCCCUACAUACCCGAAUUUGCAGCGUGGUGCUGCAGUCCAGCCAGCGUCACCUUCCUUUCCGGCGGGCUUGCAGCGGAAGUUUACUGGGUUACUGCGUACCCAGCAGAUGUGGUAAAGAAUCGGAUGAUGGCCGACGCACUGGCGAAUCCGCGGUACGGAAGCGGUUUCCGCGGCACGUUUCGCGCCGCAAAAGAGCUGUGGGCGCCUGCCGACCAAAAUCCGAAAGAAAAAGGCGUCUUGGGCCUUGCGCUGCGUACGCGUCGGAUCUACACGGGCUUUUUGACGUGCGCUCUCCGCGCAUUCCCGACGAAUGCAUCUGCCCUGCUUGCUUUUGAAACAGUGAUGUACCUGAUGCACGGGUCACAUUUGUAA